AUGGAGAAAAAUUUGGAAAAAGCGAUGGAUCCGGAGAAGCCGCAAGACCCAUUCGCCGCUGGCGAAGAGGUCGGUGGAAUCCGCUACAGGAGUAUGAAGUGGUGGUAUGUGCAUUCUCGCGGGGUCCGCGGCAACUCAAUGCAAAGCAGUCAGCUAAUUGUUGCGUUCAGGAACUGUGCAAUUUUGAUGAUUGCCCAGUCCGUCUCUCUGGGAGUUCUCUCGCUCCCAUCAUCAAUGGCAGUCCUGGGUCUUGUCCCUGGUUGUAUCAUUAUAAUUGGAAUUGGAGCUCUGACGACUUACACUGGCUAUGUCGUCGGCCAAUUCAAACUGGCAUACCCUCAGGUCCAUAACAUGGCCGAUGCUUCCGAGAUUUUGUUCGGCGCCUGGGGUCGCGAGAUCUUCGGUGUCGCCCAGAUUCUCUGUUUCAUCUUCCUUAUGGGUGCUCAUAUCCUGACGUUCUCCAUCAUGAUGAACACUCUCACCAACCACGGCGCUUGUACGAUCAUUUUCUGCGUGGUGGGAGCCGUUCUCUGCUUCGUCCUGACUCUUUCGAGACGGCUGGAGGAAGUGUCGUAUCUGGGAAUUAUCUCUUCCCUGUCUAUCUUCACUGCCGUGAUGAUCACCAUGAUUGCCAUUGGCAUUGAUGCUCCCGAUCCUACGGCCUACGCCAUUACUCACCCUAGUCUGAUCAACGGCUUCUCAGCUACGCUGAACAUUGUUCUCGCGUAUUCCGGACACAUGUCGUUCUUCAGCUUCCAGUCCGAGCUGGCGGAUCCGAGCGACUAUCCCAAGGCUCUGAUUGUCUUCCAGGCGACAGAUACCUCGCUCUAUCUCGUCACCGCUCUGGUGAUUUACCGUUACGCCGGACCAAACGUCCUCAGUCCCGCUCUGCUGAGCGCCAGUGAGGUCGUCUCAAAGGUUGCGUUUGGUAUCUCUAUCGGAACGAUCGUCAUUGCCGGUGUUGUUAUCUGCCACGUCGGUGCGAAGUGCAUUUACGUGCGCCUAUUCCGUGGCACUCACAAGAUGAACGAGCGUUCUUUCCGUUCCUAUGGCACCUGGGUACUCAUCACUUUCAUCAUGUGGGUUAUUGCCUGGUUGAUCGCGAACGCUAUCCCUGUGUUCAACGACCUGCUCAACAUGAUCGCGGCCGCAUUUUGCAGCUGGUUCUCGUUCGGUCUGGAGGGUCUAUUCUGGUUGAAGUUGAACCGUGGACGGUACUUUGAAAACAAGCGGAAGAUGGCUCUGACUGCGCUCAAUGUCUUCCUUGUUGCCCUUGCUUGCCUCAUUUGCGGAAUGGGUCUUUGGGCUACAGGAACGAGCAUCCGGAUUAAUGCUCAAACCGCACACAAAUCUUUCUCGUGCGCAUCUAACGCCUAG